CUUUACGGCUAUAUCCACGGCUCUCUCUGUUCUUAAAGUUACAUUUUCGUGUCUCUCUCUUCACUUCAUUCAUCCACCACUCAAAUGACGCUUCACAUAGUGUUGGCGGCUCUGCUAUGUUUUUCUCUUCUGGCCAUCGCUUUCGCUGAAGAUCCAUACAGGUUCUUCAACUGGAAUGUUACAUACGGCGACAUUUAUCCACUUGGUGUUCGCCAACAGGGAAUACUUAUCAACGGUCAAUUCCCAGGUCCAGACAUUCACUCUGUUACCAACGACAACCUCAUCAUCAAUGUCUUCAACAGCUUGGACCAGCCAUUUCUCCUCUCCUGGAAUGGGGUCCAACAGAGAAGGAACUCAUUCGAAGAUGGGGUUUUCGGAACAACAUGCCCCAUUCCACCAGGAGGGAACUUCACUUACAUUCUUCAAGUGAAGGAUCAAAUUGGAAGCUUCUACUACUUCCCAUCUCUUGGAUUCCACAAAGCUGCUGGUGGAUUUGGAGGCAUUAGGAUUUUGAGCAGGCCUAGAAUUCCUGUCCCUUUCGAUGAUCCCGCUGGUGAUUACACUGUCCUCAUUGGAGAUUGGUACAAGUCCAACCAUACGGAUUUGCAGGCUCAACUUGAUAGCGGUAGGAAGCUGCCUUUCCCUGAUGGAAUCCUAAUCAAUGGUCGUGGCUCUAACGGAGCAUCUUUCAAUGUGGAACAAGGGAAGACCUACAGGCUGAGAAUAUCAAAUGUGGGGUUGGAAAAUUCCCUCAACUUUCGCAUACAGAACCACAAAUUGAAGCUGGUGGAAGUGGAAGGAACGCACACUCUACAAACUACCUACUCAUCCCUCGACGUGCACGUGGGCCAAUCUUACUCUGUUCUAGUGACUGCGGAUCAACCUGCUCAUGACUAUUACAUAGUGGUCUCCACUCGAUUUACCUCCACAGUUCUCACCACCACUGGAAUUCUUCGCUAUAGCAACUCUGCAGGCCAAGUAUCAGGCCCAAUCCCUGGUGGACCCACCAUCCAAGUUGAUUGGUCUUUGAACCAGGCCCGCUCCGUCAGGUACAUCAUAAAUUUUAUUAUUCUUUUAAGAUUUAAUUAAUUUUUGUUCUUUGUA